AUGGAGGAUGAUAAUGGGCUCGAGCUCAGCUUGGGUCUGUCUUGUGGAGGAUCAUCAGGAAAAGGUAAGGGUAACAACAACACUAAUAAUGCUGGAAGCUCCUCUGAGAAUCAUAGGGUUGAAGGAGGAGAUAGAAGCGCUAAAGUGAUUGAUGACUUCAAGAACUUCCUUCAUCCAACUUCUCAAAGACCAGCAGAGCCGAGCUCUGGUUCUCAGAGAAGCGAUUCUGGUCAACAACAACCUCCGCAGAAUAAUUUCUUCAAUGACCUCUCCAAAGCUCCAACAGCUGACGCUGAAGCCUCCACGAAACCGUUGUGGGUGGAGGAUGAGACACGGAGAGAAGCAGCAGGAAACAAGAGGAAGUUCGGGUUCCCUGUGAUGAGCGAUGAAAAGAAGAAAGAGAAGGACUCGCCACAUGCUGAUAUGCACGAGAAGAAGACAAAAGCGUCCCAUGUUUCAACCGCGACUGAUGAAGGAUCAACAGCUGAAAACGAAGAUGUAGCCGAAUCUGAAGUAGGCGGAGGAGGUUCAACUUCAAACCUCGCAAAGGACGUGACUCGUCCUACCGUAGCUGAUGCAAACGUUGUGGAAAACUUAGCCGGUCAAAGGAAGAACAGCCAUGGCGGAUCAUCUGGCGCUGAAGAGUUUACAAUCCGGAGCAUGAGUUACACCGUACCUUUCGCGGUUCAUCCGCAAAACGUCAUCACUAGUUUGCCUUACUCUUUACCUGCAAAAGAGUCUGGACAACACGCAGCAGCUACAAGUCUGAUGCAGCCUAGUACUAAUCCUGGGAAUCUCCCAGUUAUGUUCGGAUACUCACCGGUACAGCUCCCUAUGCUUGAUAAAGACGGUUCAGGAGGGAUCGUCGCGCUUUCUCAAUCUCCAUUCGCCGGAAGAGGUCCAUCAUCAAACUCAGCUACAGCGAAAGGUGAAGGAAAACAGCCUGUUGUUGCAGAAGAAGGCUCAUCCGAAGAUGCAUCAGAACGAGCAGCAGGAGACAACAACAACAACAACAACAGUACUGCUUUCUCUUUCGACUUCUCUGCCAUAAAACCUGGAAUGGCAGCGGAUGUGAAGUUUGGAGGAUCGGGAGCACGACCAAACCUACCGUGGGUCUCAACCACCGGUUCAGGCCCGCACGGUCGGACAAUCUCGGGUGUUACGUACCGGUACAAUGCAAACCAGAUCAAAAUCGUAUGUGCUUGCCACGGCUCACACAUGUCGCCGGAGGAGUUUGUCCGGCACGCAAGCGAGGAGUAUGUUAGCCCUGAAUCACCCAUCGGAAUGACCGCAGCGUCAGCUCACACCUGA